AUGAGGACGAACGGCACUCUAACAGAUACUAUCCUCACAACGCUGAAGGAGCGAAGUCUCCUAGCCAAGCGAGAUGUGAUCGAGUCCGCUUUGGAAGAUCCGGGCAUGGGCCAGAAGAACCAAGAAUGGGUGUUGAAGCACUUGCAACCCGACACCCUGCUCUCGCGGGAGGAACUGACCUUGUAUAACAAGCUCGAGAGCUCUGGCGCCCUCCAACCUCUCCUCCGCGAUACCGAACUCAGCGCGACGCGACCGUUUCUCGAAGACGACAUUCGAUCAGCGAUAGAAUCCCUCGAAGCAUCGACCGUCACAAUUCAGAGACAAACAGAGACAUUGUCACUGCAGUGUGAGACUCUCAAGAGACAAAUGCGCCAGCAAGACAGCUGGGAACAGGACCGAAGCCGGGAUAUCGCACGUCUGCGGAAGAAACAUGAAGGAGGGAGACAGAGCACGAACUUCGCUGCCAAUGAUCUGGCGGAUGAGCUGGAGGCUUGCUUCCGAAGCGCGACAGACAAGGCAGGGGCUGAGAACAAGCAGAUUCUCGCAUCGCUAUCUACUCGCUUAAAGCAAGACGACAAGAUCCUCGCCGGGUUGGAGACGCUCAUCUCCGACAUCAAGUCAAAUAGCAACGACGCGGCUACGGUCAAGCGAACAAGUCAGCUCGGCGCCAUGCUAGCAGACUACAACGCGGAAGAGAUUCACUAUCGUCUUGACCGGUUAUAUCUCGAAACCAUUCUGUCUGGGCCAUCGACGUCUUGUCAAAACGUCACGGAAGGCGAGACCAUCACAGCUUUGGAGGAAGAACUGGAGUCUCUCUACCCCGAAAUUGAAAUCUUAGCAGAGAUGUCCACAAAGCAACAAUUCCACGAGCCUAUCCUUCGUGAAAUUCACCACCAACACAGCCAGCUUCGGGCUGCAUCCGAGGAAAAGCUGGCACAUGCCCUAGACGUCCUUGUCGACAUGACUCAGUCCAAAAAGGCCCUGACCAAGCAGCUCGGCGAACGGGAAUCCUCAUGUGAACUCCUGGAACAACUAGCCUCACUCUAUCAGGCCGAAGCAGGCUCCCAGUCCAUGUCUCAGUCAUCGUCCCGACGAGAGUCUCUGCGGCGGCGCUCCAUGCCGCCGGGUAUGCUCCUCGGGGUGGCCCCGCGCGGCCCCGCCCCGGUUCCCCAACAACGUGCACUGGAGAGCCUCCUACGGCGCAUUGGUGUGUCGCCCGAGUCGGUGAUUCGGCCCCAGGUAGCGGAUGGCGGUGCCCGCGAGCUGCACGAGAAGCGGAUACACCUAUCCGAGAUGCUCCGGGGUCUGGGAGCAGCGGUCGACUCGCCACUGGUAACUCAAUUAGCCCCAUCGGACAGCGCCCUGCAACUUCUGGCGUCUGCAUUGCACGCGAAUUCGCACUUUGAAACGUCACUGCGAGAUCCUAGCCAGGAAACGGCGCUGUCGGGCUUGGAGUCUGAGCUCGCCUCGCUCCAGAGGGGUGUGCAAGGGCUCAACCUGGACGUCCUGCACCAGCGGGACAAGACGCAGGACCGCUUCCUCGAGCGAUGGGGCUAG